CAAUGACUUGAUGCUAAAUCCGCUGACUAUCCAAUAAGGUAAUCUGAGGGAAGAUACCAUCCAAAAACCGUCCGUUCCAGUCUGCUGGGCUAAUUUAGUUGGAUUUCGACGCAUCCCCGGACCUGCCUUCGAGUUAAUUCCCAAGGGCUUACACUGAAGGCUGAAGGAAUGGAUCCAAAAGCCCCUCCUGACCCCCACAGUAUGACGGGCGUUCCAUUUAUGGGACGCGGAAGAGGACUGCAGCCGGAGGAGCUGGCUGUAGGACUUGGUAGAGGGCUUCUGCUCUCUACAGAAGGGCCUGUAGCUGGACGAGCCAGAGGUUUUCUCAGUCCUGGCGAUACCCCACAAGGACGUGGUGCACCAGUCGCUGGACCAAUGGUUGGACGAGCCAGAGGGCUGUUUCUGCAGCUAGACAAUGGAGGCUUUGGCCGAGCCCGAGGGCUGCUCCUUCCAGCAGUUGAGCCAAAGGUUGGUGUGGCAAGAGGUGCCAUCCUGGAGUCACAACAUUUGCAGCCACCCCCACAUGAAACUAUGACGAGGGACCAAACUGAAGCCUUUACAAGGAAAGAGGUUGAAGCAUCUACUCAAGGUCAAGGUUCAGCACUGGUCUCAAUGUUUAGAGGAAUGGGCAUUGAUCCCUCAAUGACCUCACACGGAAGAGGAAUUCUACCAGUGGGACGAGGAGCAGCUGGAGAUAUGGGAGACGUGAAGCUCCAGGGUCACCCAUUAGGUUUCAGCAGCAGCCCAGAGAGCACUGGCCCACCUGAGGAGGUGAUGGUCAGAGGCAUGGGGUCCCCUGGCCAUGGUUUGUCCCCUCAGAUGAUGCUUGGGCUUGGAAGAGCGGCGAUGCCACAUUUGGGACAGGGAAGAGGACACCCCCUUCUUCCUGCCCUCUCUCCAGGUCCAGUUGAGUCCUUUUUCCCAGCCCCUGAGCAGCAAAAAGUCCUGAAAUCUGAGACUUCACAGGCAGAAACUGCACCCCUGCUGCCCACCCCUCAAGAUGUGUUGGAGCCCCCUGCUGCCACAGCAGAAAAGACAGAGCUGAAAAUGGAGCCUAUUCAUGCGCCUCUUAAUAAGGCUGGAACAAAAGGAGCUCCUAUAACUGUUGGAUCAAACCACAUCCAGAUUGCUUGCAAGAAUGAGGCUGUUUAUCAGUACCAUGUUACAUUCACGCCAAAUGUUGAAUCGAUGGCAAUGCGUUUUGGCAUGAUGAAAGACCACCGCUCCACCACAGGAGAAGUUGUAGCCUUUGAUGGCUCGAUUCUCUACCUGCCUGUCAAGCUGGAGAAUGAGGUGUUUCUAAAGAGUUUCAGACGAACUGACAACGAAGAAAUACAAAUCAAAAUCCAGAUGACCAAGAUUUUGCCACCCCACUCGGACCUGUGCCUUCCUUUCUAUAACCUGGUGCUCAGGAGGGUAAUGAAAAUCAUUGGUCUAAAGCUGGUAGGUCGGAAUCAUUAUGACCCAGAAAGUGCAGUCGUUCUUGGAAAACAUCGCCUGCAGGUGUGGCCUGGUUACGCCACCUGUAUCAAACACACAGAUGGAGGCCUCUACCUGAAUGUGGACAUCACCCACAAAGUCUUAAGGAAUGAUUCAGUGCUGGAUGUCAUGAACUCGCUGUACCAACAAAGCAAAGAGCACUUCCAAGAUGAAUGCACCAAAGAACUCAUUGGCAGCAUCAUCAUCACCCGCUACAACAACCGCACCUAUCGCAUUGAUGCCAUCGAGUGGAGCAAGUCACCCAAAGACACCUUCACGCUGAUGGAUGGCACAAAAACCACAUUUGUGGAAUACUACAGCAAAAACUACGGCAUUACAAUCAGCGAGCUGGACCAGCCUCUUCUCAUGCAUCGGCCCAAGGAGAGGUCCAAACCAGGAGGCAAGCAAAUCAUUACUGGAGAGAUCCUUUUGGUGCCAGAGCUUUCCUUCAUGACGGGAAUCCCUGAGAAAAUGAGGAAGGACUUCAGAGCCAUGAAGGACCUGACCAUGCACAUCAAUGUGAGCAGUGAGCAGCACACCCAGUCAAUUAAACAGCUGCUCAAGAACAUGAGCACGAACCCGGAGAGUCUGAAGGAGCUCAACCGAUGGGGACUUGAGAUUGGCUCAGAGAUCCUGAUGAUUAAAGGCAGAACGCUGCCCAUUGAAACCAUCUGUCUGCAGUCGUCGUCCUUUACCACGAGUGCAGACGUGUCCUGGUCCAGAGAGGUUGUCAGGGAUCCUUCAAUCAGCUCAAUCCCACUGAACAUCUGGGCAAUCUUCUACCCUCGCCGCUGUGCAGAGCAGGCCGAGGAGCUGGUUACCUGCUUCAACAAGGUGGCCGGACCUAUUGGGUUUCGACUGGAGAGACCCAUUCGUGUUGAAUUGAGGGAUGAUCGCACUGAGACAUAUGUCAAGAGCAUCCACUCACAGCUGACCAGUGAGCCAAACAUGCAGCUGGUAGUGUGCAUCAUGGUUGGCAACAGAGACGAUCUCUACAGCGCCAUCAAGAAGCUCUGCUGUGUGAAAAGUCCUAUCCCAUCCCAGGCCAUCAAUGUACGGACAAUUUCCCAGCAACAGAAGUUAAAGAGUGUUGCCCAAAAGAUACUCCUCCAGAUGAACAGCAAAUUAGGAGGAGAGCUGUGGACGGUCAAUGUCCCUCUGAAACAACUAAUGGUGGUUGGAGUUGAUGUCCACCAUGACACCAGCAAGGCGCAUCAGUCAGUCAUGGGCUUUGUGGCAAGUGUUAACAGCUCAUUGACCCGCUGGUACUCCAGAGUAACUUUCCAGACACCCACCGAGGAACUGAUCAAUGGCUUCAGAGUUUGCUUACUGGCUGCACUGCAGAAGUACUACGAGGUGAACCACAACCUGCCGGAGAAGAUCGUGGUGUAUCGUGACGGUGUUUCAGACGGUCAACUGAAGAUGGUAGAGCAGUAUGAGAUUCCACAGUUGAUCAAAUGCUUUGAGACCUUCCCCAACUACGAGCCCAAGCUGGUCUUCAUUGUAGUCCAAAAGCGUAUCAGCACCACCCUUUACUCCUGGGUUUCAAACAGCUUUGGCUCACCUCCACCCGGAACUGUGCUGGAUCACACCCUCACCAACAGAGCCUGGGUGGACUUUUACCUCAUGGCACAUCACAUUCGCCAAGGCUGUGGACUUCCCACACACUACAUCUCCUUGUACAACACGGCAAACCUCACGCCAGACCAUUUGCAGAGGCUGACCUAUAAGAUGUGCCAUUUGUACUGGAACUGGCCCGGCACUAUUCGAGUUCCAGCGCCUUGCAAGUACGCCCACAAACUGGCUUUCCUGUCAGGCCAGUAUCUUCAUUCAGAGCCAGCCAUCCAACUUUCAGACAAGCUCUUCUUCCUCUGAGCUGCAGCACAUACUGAAACAGCAAACCGAGCUGUGAUGAAAAUCAUUGAAAUCAGAGUCUGUCCUUCCACGAGGCACUCCAGUUUUAUAUAUGUGUGUGAAUGUAAAGAGAUUUAAAAACGGAUUGUUGUUGUGAUCAAGCCUUUAUUACAAAUGUUAUGUUUUACCUGUUGAAGUAAACAUGUAGAAAUGUUUACAUUUUAAUUUUGAGUUGUAAAGAAAUGGAAAUGGUUAUGUUUUAAAAGGCUCUGUUUGAAUGUUCUGUUUGAGAGGAAAAAUCUGAACAUACAAUUGCACUUAUUUAGUUGAACCCAGAUUGUCUUUCUUCAGCUUCUAUGUAACUGCAAACAUGUCUGCUAUUAAUAAUGCUGGACAUAAAAAAACUCUUUUUCAAUAAACAAAUGAUGAGCCUCUGUUCUCUGA